AUGGCGAGGGGCGGGAACAUCCCAGAGACGGAGCUCUUCUGGUCUCUCAUCGACAAGGCGGACCGCAAGUUCGCGAGGGUGAGGGACACGCCGAUGUACGGAAGGGACAGGUGAGGAGGACGCGGUUCCCCCUUUGUCCGAUGUCGAUUCCCGCUUCAACCCUAGGUGUCGGGAAGGAAAGAGGUUGUUCUUUGGUUUACUUUUUGCUCAUUGUGGUAGGAAUGAUGCGGAAUUCCACAAGGCCUUCAAGAUCUACACGCGUCUAUGGAAGAUGCAGCAAGAGAACCGUCAGAAGCUGGUGGAGGCGGGGAUGAAGAGAUGGGAGAUCGGGGAGAUCGCCUCAAGAAUUGCGCGGCUCUACUACGGGCAGUACCAGCGUACGAGCGAGUCGAGCUACCUCGCCGAGGCGUACAUAUUCUACGAGGCCAUACUGAGCCGGGAGUACUUCCGGGACAGUCUGUCCCAGGAUGCCUCGGCCCUCGCGAAGAAGCAGCUGAGAUUCCUCGCGAGGUUUCUCAUCGUUUGCCUUGUUUUGAAUCGGAGAGAGAUGGUAGUCCGACUGGCCAAUCAGCUCAGGUCACUUUUAGAAGAAUGCAAAAGGAACUUUCAGGUACUCCGGUUUCUUCCGUGACCAGUAGUUCAACUAUCUUUUGUCGCAAAUAAUCUGAAAAUUCCAUGGAAACUCCAAUAAAAUGUCUGUCAUGACUCAGGUUGAAAGUAUAAACAAAAUUGAAGGCAACAUAAAAGAACAGACCCAUUUGCACCGACUGAAAUCAACGUAGCUAACUCAGAAUCGAGAGACUAUGCAAAUGUACCUUUGGAUUCACCACAUUUUGGAGGCCUUGAAAAGAACUGCGAUCAGUGCGGCCUUUAACAUGUAGGAUUGUAGUCAAGUAUAAAAUGUUUCCAUCUUGAUCAGGGUCCUGCAUUCCUAAAUAUAGAGACCAACUCUGGUUUGGAUUUUUGCUGUUGAGUUUUGGUAUUCUUAUUAGUUUAAAAAAUGAAUCAAUUUAUAAUUCAAUCAUUUUGGGUUUUGGGGCCAUGAGAACAUAUUUCCCUUUCAUUUUACUGUAAAAUGAAGAUGGGAUUUGGUUAGACUUCAUGUUUUGGGGUUCCUCUGACAAUAUCAGGUCAUGGACCUCAAUCAUGAAGAUGGGAUAUUGGAAGGGGCCGUUUCAAUCUCGAUAACCAAUCUUCUGUUUGUAAAAUAUAUUGAUUAAAAAAACAAGGUUUAUACUUGAAGUUCAAGGCAGCCAUGAAUUAUGCUACUACUAAGUUAUGCUUCAGAGGUGUUCAGGAACUCAGAGGAUCAGCUAUACAGAAACCAGGAGAUCUCCUUUCUGGACUUGAAACUGGGGAAGGAAAAAGCGUUCAGUGUAAAAGAAUAAAUUUGAUUGAUAGCAUUUGGUCGUUUCAUGUAAAAAAAUUCUCCAUUGCUCCAUCAAUUUAGUGUUCUCUUGCCACUGCUGACUUAUUAUUUAUCCAUCCAGGAGGCAGAGUUUAAGGAAUGGAAGCAGAUAGUUCAGGAAAUUUCGAGGUUUCUAAAAGUUGAUACAAAUUUUAUGAAUAUGAGACCUUUACGGUACAGUUAUGUCUUUGAUUCUCCACCAGGCUCUCUCCCAUGCAUUUCUAACCAGAAAGGUCUGAAGUUACGUGAUGCUAUCUUGGUUAGUUACCAUCAUAAUGAGGUUGGACAUCUUUUCCCUUAAUCUUGAUUAUGCUUUAUGGGGACUCGUGUGUUAGCUAUUUUCAUCAAAUUCAAAGUAUCUUUAUAUAAUUACUUUUCUUAAUAUUGGUUUGAUUAUUUCACUGCACCAGGUCAAGUUUACAGAGCUCACUCUCGACACAUUUAGGAUGCUUCAAUGUCUAGAGUGGGAACCUUUGGGUUCCUUUUCUUUGACGAAUGGAGAUGAUGCUAAUCAGGAGGGAUCUAGCCAUAGUAGGAUGAAUCCUUUGCAGGAUAUUAGGGAUCCAUCCUUGCCACCUAAUCCUCAGAAAGUGAUUUUAUAUCGUCCAUCUGUUACACAUUACUUAGUGGUGAGUCUUCCACUUCCGUUCGCUGUUGAAUUUCUUAUGUCUACGUCAAGGAUUUAUAGGUUUUCACGUGCUUUUUAUGGAAUUGUCCAGUGCAAUUUUUUUUUUUGCUUGCUAUUGAUACUACGAGAGGCAACAUUAUUUCCUGUAUCAAAAAUUGUACUGUCAAUGUUGAUCAACGGGUAGCUGGCCUCAAAUUGGACGGUUACAUUUUGUCACUUACCAUCUUUGGCGUAUCUUUUAUGGUUAAUUAUAUGGUUUGAAAAAUAAAAUUUGAUUAAACCAGCUACAGUGAAUAUAUCUCUCCCUUUCAUGUUGGCAUGUUCAGCAUCGUCCGGUUUUUUUCUUCACGGCCUAGCAUUCACCCUUAAUGGCCUUACGUUUCAUGACCUCCCGCUUGACAGAGAUCUUAAAAGGUAAUCUCUUGGGGUAAAGAUGUAAGUAUCUUGAUUUUAGACCAUUUGCCCAUCGCUCUGUAGAGAAGAAUGCCUAGUUCCAUUGUUGUGAUUGAGGAAGGUCUUCAAUUGAUUGGUAGAUGUAAGCAGAAUAAUCUAUCAGUAAUGAGCUAGGUUCUGGUGCUCAUUCAUUGAUUUAUUAUAGCAAUGGGUGUGCUACCUAAUUGACUAUGCUAUUGUGUUGCCAAGAAUCCAUUUGUGAGUUUUGAUCAUUCUAAUCUUUAUUUAAAGCAUAGAACUUCACGAACUUUUAAGAACAUGAGAGCAAACAGCAAGAAACUGUGGAAUUUAGGAUAUGGGAUAAUUCGGCCUAUGGACUUGGGAGAUGUCAUAAACCUGCAUGGGGUAACAACAGACAGUUAUUAUUGUGUUGGACUGGGACAUAAGACCUUUGACAGUGUGAAUUGAAUUUGCCUUCGCUGUUCUUUCCAGUCUGUCGAUUUCUUUGUUUCUAGGCUAAUUGUUAUAAAGUUGUUGUGAUUCCUUGAACACAGUCCCUGAUUGAUCCUAUUGUAUCCUUCCAAUGUGUAAGAAAAGCGCCAAAAUAAAGUUUCUCUCUCAAAGUCAACCUGAUCUCUGUCAUUCCUUCUGUCAAAAGGAUGAGAAAAUUGUUCCUUGAAGGAAGGGCAAAUGCUGAGUCGCAAUGUCUGGUUCUCUCUACAAAACCACUAGAAGAUUAUAACAGCUCUCGGGCAUAUAUGCAUAAAAUGGGCUUCUUAUUUUCUUUCAUACGCCCAGAGGAAGACACCUUGCCAGAUGAAGUAUUCGAAAGCCCAUGCUUCAGAUGAUCAAUCAGUAGAAUCUUAUAUUUGGUUUUGCCCUCUGGUGUAGGUUCUUGCCACGCUAUGUGAGGAGCUUCCUCCUGAUGGAAUUUUAUUGAUAUAUCUGGCUGCUCCAGGUAGAUCUUUCAUUCCUUUUCAAUGAAAAUUACACCUAGUUUUUUUUUUAUCACUUGCGUUCAUCGUUGCGGAUGUCCCAAAAAAAUAUUCCGAAUUCCUAUUCCUCUAUAUAGCAAGUGAUAGACAGACUUUCUGCGGCAUCAAUUGAUGUAAGUCUAACGGGCAAGAAUGACAAUAUUGUUGCAAAAUCAGGAUCUCUUGAAGCGUGCUCUCCGGCUGUGAGUUUCUCACAAUCUUCCUCUGAGAGCAAGGAACUUCAAGACAAUAAUCGGGAAUGCUGCUUACAUCUGGGUCCCUAUGUAAACGAAGGUAUGUGUUAUUAAAAUACGUUCCCUUGAAUGUGGCCAAGUGACCGUUUUGUGUCCUCCCCGCCCCCACACAUCCUCUCCGUUUUCCGGUGCUUUGAUAUCUCUACCUUCACAAAGGUUAAGACCUGAGGAUACAUGCGCCUUCACCAUAUUUUCUUCACGUAAUUGCCUGCAAAUUCUGGGGGUAUGUCGAUGAAUUUAGCCAAUUAUGGGGAGGGGGGGGGAGGUCUACAGAUAAGUAUGAGUAGUAGAAGAUUGAUGCAUGUAUCCAGAGAUGUGGUAGCUCUCUAGUCCACUGAUUUCAUGCGUUGUGAUUACAAGUAGCUGUCAGCUUGCUGCCCUUCGGACAGUUUCAGAGUUUUCAAGCUCUGGAUUUAAGAUUGAAGCGUUCUAUUUUUCUCUCCUGCAGGUCUGAAUUGCCUUUACCCUUGUGAUUUGGUUCCAUUCACGCGGAAGCCUCUUUUUCUGAUCAUUGACAGCAAUGCCAGCGAUGCAUUCAAGGCAGGUUUGUCGACUCUGAUUUCCACCUUGCUACCCAUUUCUUUCUUUCCCUGGGAAGUUACCCAUUUUUCUUUCAUCACUUAUUAGAAACCAAUAAUUAUCUGGAAUUUUGGCGCAAAUUAGGUUUUCAAGAGUAGUCUCAUAUACUAUUAUAGAGAUGAACCUGUGACCGACGUUUGGCUGAUCAGCCAUCGGCUCCAUGCCCCGAAUACUUUGGUGAGAAAAAUAUCUUCUUGGGACCCUUGCAGGUUAUGUAUGGCACGGAGAAAGGAGGGGCAGUGGCGAUGCUCCUCUCCCCCAAGUCUCCCUCCUUCCCUACAGGAGCUACCGCUGACUCAGCCGUCUCCCAGAAUGGAAGCCAGUUCACCAUGUUCUUGACAGCCCCGCUGCAGGCAUUCUGCUCACUGUUGGGGGUCGCCAAUUCAACCAUCGAUAAGAAGGUCAACGCCCCACGACAAGCCGCCUCUCUUCUUUUUCCUCUUCUUCGACAGCAAGAAUUCCUCAGAUUUUAUUCCCCUCUGUUGAAAUUUCUUUUCAGGAUGCUUACAGCAAGGCGGAGGAGCUUCUCCUGAUGAUCUUGAAUGAAUGGGGAAGGGCUCUCGUCUCAUCCGGUUCUCUCGCCCCGAUCUGGAUCGAGGUCUUGGGCGAUCUCUUCCUGAGACGCCUUCUCCUGAGGUUAUUUUUCUUAAUCCAUAUAUCUCUUCCCCCCCCGCAAAUAAGUAGACUGUUUUGGGCACUUAGACGGCUUAGACGGCUUCGGACUUGUGCUAGAUCCCCUGGCUGACCCAAUUGGGUAUUAUUUCCAUUUUCAGCAAAACCCAUGAAUAAGUUGACCUACCCUGACCUUUCUGCAUCGUUCUCUGCUCAGAUUUAUAUUCUGCCGGGCGGUUCUUGCUCUGAGAUCGGCAACGCCAGCGCCAGAGUGCCUGCCCGAGUGCCUCCCCCAGCUGCCCGACUGCACCCUUCCGGGGAGCCCUGAAAUCCAACGCGGGGUCCGGAGGCUGGCCGAAUUCUUUGGCAUUGCUGGGCAGUUCUCCCUCUCUAGUGAUCCCUCGCCACCCAACAGCGGCAGUGGCGGUGGUGGCCCAGAAGAUCCUGCCAUUUGA